UUGCGCGGAGCCGCGUCCGACGGGUUUUUCUCGAUUCUUAUUGUUAAAUAAUAAUUGAUGCCGCCGUCCAUGUCGGUUCGCGUGCUGGUUUGUCGUUGAUAUUUUGUUUUUAUUAUUUUCUAGUUUAGAUUUGCAUUGCGUCAAAUAAAUGACACCGCACCGCAAAUCGUAUCUGCUGUUUUUAUUGUUUUUGACGUGAAUUCGCGCCGUUGCCAUUAUAUACUUUUGUUUACCUCCCGUCGCACCGUCGAAAUAUAUCCAUCCGAACUCGUGUUGCAGUUACAGGGUGAACGCCAUCAUCUAGGUGUCAGAAAUGGGGACUUAUUUGAGCAAACCAAAAACCGACAAGGAGUCCAAGGACUUUGAAAACGGCGUGUUGGCGUGCGGCGCCAGUUCCAUGCAAGGAUGGCGCGAGAGUCAAGAGGACGCACAUUGUUGCCUGCUAGACUUUGAUAAAAACAUAUCACUCUUUGCCGUGUUCGAUGGUCAUGGCGGUGCAGAAGUUGCCCAGUACGCAGCGGACAAAUUGCCCGGUCUUAUUAAAAACGAAUGGUUCGAGAAAGGAGAAUAUGAAAAAGCUUUGAUCAAAGCUUAUUUGGAAUUCGAUGACAGCCUAAUCGAACCAUCCGUAGUCGAAACGUUAAAUGCCAUCCGAGAAGAAAACAAUCAAACCGAAGAAGAUGAUAAUGAUGGGGAAGAAGAAGAAGGAGAAGAGUUGAAUGAAUUGUACAAAGAAGCCGAUAUGCCAAUUGAAGACAUAAUAUUGAAAUACAAGAAUAAAAUUAUGUCAAAAUUGGAUGUUGAAAAUGCUAUAGAUCAACCUGGGUCGUCCAAACUACCAGCGUCACCUUUCUUAAAAGCCCCACUAAGACCUAGACCAAAAUCCAGUAGUGAGGACGAUUCGAACAAAGAAAGUGAUUCUGCCGAUAGUACUAAUGUUACAGCUACCGCAGAUUCUACAGAUGCCGUUGUCACCAAUGGAAUUAGUAGUGAGAAGGAAUCGGAAGAAAGCAGCCAAGUUGCAGAUUCUUCAGAUACCACUAAGGUUGUUAAUGGUAAUUCUAAAGAUGAAACCAGUGAAAACAAAAACGGAGCUGAAGAAUCUGCACCAAAAAGUAGUGUUGCUGAGUGUUGUCCUAGCAGCAGUAAAGGUCAAAAUGGCAGUGGUAGCAGUAGUGGCGGAACUUCCACAUUAUUAAAUACCGAAGAUUCGGAAGACAGUGAUUCAGAUGAUGAAAUAUUUGAAGCGUCCAUCAACACAAACGAUGAAUCAGAUUCAGAUGAAAGUGAAGAAGAAGAUUUAAAUGACGAAGAAGAUGAUUCAAUAGUUUGUGAUGAUGAAGAUGAAGAAGAAGAACCCGGCAAGGACAGUGGAUGUACGGCAGUUUUGGCUCUAUUGGUAAACAACAAACUUUACGUGGCCAACGCAGGCGAUUCGAGGUGCGUUGUUUCUGUAAACAGUAGAGCUGAAGAUAUGUCUGAAGAUCAUAAACCCGAAGACGAGCCAGAACUUAAGAGGAUUCUUGCUGCUGGAGGCACUGUAUCGAACGAUGGACGAGUUAACGGAGGAUUAAAUUUGUCAAGAGCUCUCGGCGAUCAUAACUAUAAGAAAAAUAAAGAAUUGCCAAAUACAGAACAAAUGAUCACCGCGUUGCCCGACGUAAAAGUUUUGAAUUUGAAGUCAGAAUGUGAGAACUUCUUGGUUAUUGCAUGUGAUGGUAUUUGGAAUUCGCUGACUAGCCAAGAGGUCAUUGAAUUUGUGGACAAACGUAUCAAUAAGCCAGAUAUAAAGCUGUCGUCGAUUUGUGAAGAAUUAUUUGAUGAAUGUUUGGCUCCCAACACAUUCGGCGACGGAACUGGCUGUGACAACAUGACGUGUAUCAUAGUGAAGUUAAAACAAAAUCAGAAGCGUUCACGAUCUGAUGACGAAGAGGAAUCGGCUGAAGACGUGGCCGAAUGUAAACGACCCAAAUUGGAUUCGACUGAAUCCGAAUCAGUACACUAAUGUUCCUCCUUCUCAUCUCGAACGUAUGACGAGCUGUUUGUAUUUGUUUCUGAAUUAUACACAAAUACCUACGACUGAUUUAUGGAUAAACUUUUAUUUUUUUAAGUUAAAAUUGAAGAAAAAACAUGUCUUAAUGACUCAUAACAGUAAGAUUAUUGUAGUGUAGGUUUACUAUUAUAUUUUUCAUAAUUCUUAUGGUAAUAAAAGUUAUUUUAUUAAUA